AUGGGCUGGGGGUGGGGCCUCGGUGGUGGUCCUGAUGUGCCCCACGCCGCUAAUAAUCAAGUAGGAUCGACACCGCCAGAGGGCCUCAGUAGUAGCCACGGUGGUGUGGGGAAUAAUCACAACAAUAAACAGCAACAACAGCUCUCUGCCAACAGCCAGGAAGUUAUUCAACAACAACAACACAUUGGAGCGGAAUUGGUCAAAGCGUCGCGUCAACAACCGACUCGAUUGGCAUUUGUGUUGGAAUUGACGGCCACUCGAGAUUGGCGCUGGGAAGGUGUUUUGUGGCGGGGUCGCCUCUACCUGGAGGUUCCAUCACGUCUCGUCCAGACCGGCUCCAAGGAAGGAUUCGUGGCUCUUUUGGAGUACGCCGAGGAAGAACUGCAAUGCAGUCACGUCAUUUUGGCCCUGUCCAAGGAUCGGGCCGAUCGCGCUGACGUCAUUCGCACCUUCAUGUUCCUCGGCUUCUCCAUUUUGCCACCGGGUCAUCAGCUGGUGCCGGCCAACUCCAACAAUCUCUUCCUGGCCUGCAGUCUCGAGUGAAAUUGAAAAGGAAAGAGAAGAAGAAAGAAGAAGAAGGGGGCGCUCAGUAGCCCAACUUACUUUUUUUGGGGCCCGUUUUCAUUUUAGGCAAAAAGAUCCACCACCACCACCACCUAGUAGCUCUUACCCCUUUUCUCUUUCUCUCUCGUCUCUUGUGUCUAUUUCGCUGUGCACGAGCCUGUAAUUUGCUGUUUUUUUGUUUUCUUUUUCAUUAUCCUUCAGAAUAAUGGUUCUUUCCCCACCCACCUUUUUUAUUAAUUAACAACAAUCGCCCUGAUUUCAUCUAUAAUUUUUUUUUCUCCUCAAGUGAGUUGUCGAUCCUUAACUUGUUCGAAAAUUCAAAAAAAAAAUUUCAAAAUUGCGCCAAAAAAUUACAAAAAAAGAAAUUAAUUCUAGUUUAGUCAAAAAGUUUCGAUUGUGUCUUUUAAUUCUUGUCCCUUUUUUUGAUUUCUCUUAUCUUUUUUUCUCUUAUUAUUACACCACACACAAAACACAACGGGGAUCCAUUCCAAUUCUUUGGUGGGUCAACACGGAAAAAAGAAAAAAUCUUAAUUAACACCACCCCCAUUUCUAUUUGUGAACUGUAUGACGACGCGUUCCAAAAUUAUUGUAGCGAAUGUAGUUGGAGACGUUUAAUAUUUGGAAAUCAUUGGGUUUUUUCUUCAUUUUUCUUUUUCAUUGUCGAACCUUUUUCAACUGCCAUACCGCGACGGUACAAAAAAAGAAGAAGAAAAUCGUCGAUUCGUUCAUUGAGUGUUUUAACGCACUGUGACACACACCUUCAACUUGUAUUAACAAAAGAAAACCGAAUUGGGAAAUAUGAGUACUAAUGGUCGUUAGCUUGAUGGACUUGAGAAUUUUUCCAUUUUCGGAUUCACCUGCAAAUCGCCUGCGAUAGAUUGAAAAAGUCAAAAAAGGAAACAAUUUUUCUCCAUAUUUUACGUGUCUCUCAGCACUUUUAUCCUCUCGCCAUCCCCGAAAUGUUUUAAGAUUUAUUUUUUCUAUAUUUCCUUACGGUCCCUCUACUUUUAUUCUGGUAUUGUUGUACGCUUAAUAAAAAACCGAUUUAAUAAUACACACUUAUUCAGUUGUA